GGCAGUGAAAGAGUGAAGAAAUGAUUUUUCUUACAUUUACUGUUUUAGCUUUGAUUGGUUUGACUACUCCUUGUAAUGUUGGUGUACCUCAUGAAUCCUCAACUCUUAAUGUGCCAAGACUUGCUAGUUCAACUGGUACGCAAGUAUAUCUUGGAUUAGAGAACCCUGCCUCUUGUGGGGGAUAUCUUCAAAAUUACACUAUUUGUUACUACAAUCGUAAUGCUGGGGUAUCAGUAUAUCCAGGAGAAUUGUCAAUAUGGGAAGUAGGUCCUGGACUAUCUAAUGGAUUUAGAGUUUAUGACAAGAUAAUUGAAUCAGUUCUGAACCUUCCUUUGACUAUCAAUAACACUUGUGGUAUUGAUCCUGUAGUGACACCAAUUAGCGAUGCACCAGAUCCUGACCCAGCAGUGGAGAUUGUGUGUAUGUAUUACUGUCUUCCAGAGACUUCAACAGUUCUUGUUAAACCUGGUAGUGUUGUUGGUAUAUUAUAUCCUGAGGGAGUUGGAUAUGGGAGAGGUCAAAUACUAACACGUCAUACAUUGCAAACUGUAGGAACUUGUGUUGGAAUCGACUUUAGGUUUUCUCUGGGUGAUCUUGUUAGAGUGUCCUGUCGUUUAGUACCAGCUAAUACAACCACUGCUCUACUAGCUGGAGCUGGUAUUGAGCCAAUUUAUUGUCCUGAAUUAUCUCUACAGUAUGGUAGCAUUAAUAUCUCUGGUCCUUACUCUUAUGGUACUGGCAUUGAAUACACUUGUCAGACUGGUUUCCAACUGGUUGGUGUUUCCAGUCAAAUCUGUUUGUCCAGUGGAAACUGGAGUGAUGAAUUACCUUAUUGUAAUGUACUCAACUGUACUGACCCAGGAGUGCCUAGUAAUGGGAAUCAUGAUUUACGCAGCUUCACUAACGGUUCUUCAGGUGUCUUUUAUUGUGACAAUGGCUUCACUUUAAGUGGCAAUAGAUUAAUCACUUGCUACCGUGGGAUAUGGAAUGCCCCUGUACCAGAUUGUGUACCAUUAGUACCAACUACAUCAGUUCCAAAUAGCAAAAUUGGAUUAAUUGCUGGACUUGCUGUUUCCACUAUUUUAGUUUUCAUUAUAACAAUGAUACUAGUAAUAGUAAUAGUUAUUUUUAGGAAUAAAAUUAAGAAAAUUAAAAAACAAAAUUGUGAUGUUGAUAUGAUCGAAACAAAUGAGAGUCCAGCUUAUAAUUUACUUAAUAAUGAUGAUGAUGAUGAUGAUGACAUGCAAUAUAAUCAAACAUAUGACAGAGAAAUGAGAACAUAUGCUACAAUAUUGUCACUUGAUGAAAACUAUGCCAGAAUAGAAGACUAUUAGCUGAUGAUUAAACUAUGCAACUAUUUUUUAGUGAUUCACAAGUCACAUUAAUAUACAGUGUUGUAGUGUACUAUAUAGCAAAAAAUUUUGUCAAGGACUCUACUCCAUUGUGAGUAUAAAUCUAUAGUUUAUACAACACUUCAAUCUUGCACU